AUGGAGUCGACCUCGAUUGAAAUGAGCAAGUCGCAGCUGAGCACUGAUCAGAGUGAAUCACUACUGGGCGGUAAGAAUGCCGAUCCGAGCAGUCCCGUCAACACCGCCAACAUCAGCUGGCAGGGAAUUUCGGCGUCGACGAAGCAGGGGAAACGGUGCUUCAAGGUGGUCCCGCCAAAGGCCAUCCUCAAGUCGGUCUCCGGGAAGGUUGACUCCGGACAGCUGUUGGCUGUGAUGGGGCCCAGUGGUUCCGGAAAGACCACACUGCUGAACGUGCUGACGGGCCGCAACCUGAGUCAGUACGACAUUGAGGGAACCGUGCUCGUCAAUGGCAGCCCGGCGAGAAUCGACACGAUGAAGUCGCUGAGUGGAUACGUUCAACAGGGCAGCAUCUUCGUGCCGCAGCUCACCGUCAAGGAGUACCUAGUCUUCCAGUCGCUGGUGCGCAUGGACAGCCACCUCAGCCCGGCGGAGCGCAGCCAGCGAAUAGAGGAGGUCAUCACCGAGCUGGGCCUGGGCAAGGUGGCCAACACCCGGAUUGGCAACCGCUACGACGAUCUGGUCGGCUCGGGCAUCAGCGGCGGCGAGCUGAGGCGGCUUUCGCUGGCCGCGGAGAUUCUCACCAAUCCACCUUUGAUCAUCUGCGACGAGCCGACUUCAGGGCUUGACUCCUACUUGGCGGAGAAUGUCGUCAACAUGAUGAAAAACCUGGCACAUUCCGGCCGAACAGUGAUCUGCACCAUUCACCAACCCUCCUCGGAGGUGUUCAUACUCUUUGACCGGCUGCUGCUGCUAGCCGAAGGCCAGGUCGCCUUUAUGGGCUCACUGGCGGAGGCGCAGGAGCACUUUACUAGCCUGCGAAUGGUCGUGCCACAGAACUUCAAUCCGGCGGACUUUUACCUGCGGCUGCUCUCCACCAUUCCCGGAAACGAGGUGGAGUGCGAGGAGAGAAUCAAGCUCAUCUGCGGCAGCUACCGUGAAAAGCAGAGGGAAGCGGCACAGGCGCUGGAGGUAAAUGGACUGAAGGGAGGUGAUGGUGUUCAACCGCCUGAAGAGGCGCUAAAAACUUCUGAGCCUACUACUACUGUCAAGGUGAAGACGGGCAAUCCCUACAAGGCCACCUGGUGCGGCCAGUUUAGAGCCCUUCUCUGGCGGUCCUUUAUUACCAAUUCUCGUGAGCCGAUGAUUACGAGAAUCAAACUAUCGCAGACCAUUACCGUAGCCCUUCUGCUCGGCAUAGUCUACUGGAGUCAGCCGAAUGAACAGGGACAGUACGACCAGAAGGCAAUCAUGAACAUUAACGGAGCCAUCUUCAUCUUAAUCAUCAACUUGACCUUUAUGAACAUUUUUUCUGUUGUAAAUGUGAGUAUGAUUUGCGACUUGAAGGUUAACUCAAUACUGAUUUGUGGUUUCACUUUAACGCAGACGUUUUGUAGCGAACUUUCAAUAUUCUUACGGGAGCACAAUGACGGAAUGUACCGGGUGGACACCUAUUUCCUGAGUAAACAGGCAGCUGAAUUACCCUUCCAAAUUUUGAUGCCCACCGUUCUGGUAAUGAUCCUCUACCAGAUGAUUGGCUUCAACAGCUCAAUGGAGUCGUACCUGCUCUUCCUCUUUGUCUCCAACCUCAUCGCCAACUGCGGCAUCAGCUUCGGCUACAUGAUAUCCUGCAUGUCAAGCAGCACCAAGAUGGCCAUCGCCCUCUCAUCGCCACUCAUACUGCCACUGCUGCUUUUUGGCGGCUUCUUCAUCAACAACAACUCGAUUCCAAUUUACUUUGAGGUCUUCAAGUACAUCUCCUGGUUCUACUACGGCAACGAGGCGCUGGUCAUUGCGCAGUGGAAAAAUGUUGACAACAUCAUCUGCGAGAAACAACUGGCCCAACAAAGCAACUCCACAGCAGUAUCUGCUUCUGCUCACUCCACCAGUGAACAUCGCUGUCUGCACCAUGGCAGCUCGAUCAUCGAGGAGCUUAGCUUCAACGUCAACAACAGCCUCUUGGACAUGUGCUGCCUGGUCACCCUGAUCAUUGCCAUGAGGGCAGUUGCCUUCAUAGCCCUCCUGCGCAAGUCCAAAAAGAGGUAA